AGUUUGCAGGUGCCUCUAACACGGGCCGAUGAUCUAAGGCGCAAUUACUGCAUACUUAGUACUAUCUGCAGAAGGUUUGGGGAGGCGAACCUAGAACUCCUGCGUUAACUUUUUCCUCCUAACUGCUGCCGCUGCAGUUUAAGGCGAUUUGCGCACGUUUUCCACUUGAGCUUAAUUAGCAGAGUGAAAAAUAGUGACUCGCCCUUCCUUACUGGCAGCAAAAAACGGGCUUUCUAGUUCGCUUCUUACGUCUGACCUUCAUAAAAGGAUAUCAUUGGCAGAGAGCAUAACAGAAAUGUCUGGGAGUGGAGAAAGUACUGACAUUGCUGCCACAAAUUGUAUCACAUGAUGCUGAAAUGCAUGUUCAAGAGUCGCAGUGCAGGAGAAAAAAUGAUGCUGCCACUCCUUUGUGAAAUUGAAAAUCCUUUUUUUAGGAGAAUCGCUGAAUUGUUAUGAACAAGCUUUGAUUCCAGGCCCAAACAUCCUAAACAAAAUAAAAGGUAAAAUUAAAGGAGAUGUGUGCAGAAUGGAGGGAAUAUUUAUAAUUCCUUGCAACUACUAAGGCCGUUUCUGUAGUUGUGUAAAAAUGAAAAUCUGAAAAGGCAACAAACUGUCUAUGCAUAACAUAUAUGAGGUCAUAAGGGUGAACUAUUUAAAGUGAUGCCAUCUAGAAGGAAUAGAAAGAGGCAUUUGAAAUUUUAACGUCCGCUAAGCUUUGCAACAUGCCAGUUUGGAUACAUUUUGGUGCUGAAGACGUGAAGAGUUGCCAGAAAACUGCAGACAACUGCUGAAGCAGAAAACCUUGUUCCAGCCCUGAGGCACUGCAGGACCGUACUACUGAUCACACAGACCAGUCUCUGUUCCUUUAGACCAGUAGCCAAGUGGAAUUUAAACCUGCAGAACUAGACGAUGGAGAUGCUGAAUUACAAAAGAAGCUAGCAACACCAAAAACACGUAUCCCAGUUUUAAUGUCCAUACUUGCACAUCAGAGAGAAGAACAAGAAAGAAAGGGGGAGUUGAUGAGGGAAAAUGAAGAACACUGGACCUUUCGAACUCUGUGUAGCCGUUUCACAUAAAGAGUGAUUGUGUCUACAAGGAUAAAGAAGGGAGCCCAGCUGUUCACACGUACACCAUGGCAUCUCGUACUGGACUACGCUUGCAGCUGAUGCGGGAGCAGCUGCAGCAGGAGGAACAGCGGGAGCGUCAGCAGCAGGCAGCAAUGCAGUUUGUGCACCAGCACAUGACCAUGGAGCACAGUCCUGCUGUCAGUGCCCCAGUUCAUUUUAGCAACCCACCAUCUGUGCCCAUCGAGGUUUUAAAGGUCCAAACAUACUUGGAGAAUCCUACCAAAUACCACCUUCAGGAGUCACAGCGACAACAAGUGAAACAAUACUUGUCCACUACACUUGCCAGUAAGUGUACCAUACAGGCCCUUUCUAUGGGACAUGUACCUCAAUGUGCGGCAUCCUCUCCAGGUGUUAGAGUGAAGCAUGUGGUGUCUGCCACAGGAAACAGUGCACCUAACAGUCCAAGCACCAGGCUGAACCAUGAAGGAAAUGCAGCACGAGAGAUGGAUGAUGUAAUCGAUGAUAUCAUCAGCCUGGAAUCAAGUUACAAUGAUGAUAGUCUGGUGUACACUGGCCCAACACAGCAGUCGCCAAGCACACUGCCAAUGACAAGUAACCAUUUAGAUGUGUACAGUGACCCUCGGCUAUCCUGUCCUCCUUUUGGGCUCACAAGCAGGUCCUGUCCAACAACACUUGAUGUCAAGCAAGAACUAACAGAGACUGAAGCCCGUGCUCUUGUAAAGGAAAGACAGAAGAAAGACAGUCACAAUGAAAUUGAACGGCGACGGCGGUUUCAUAUCAAUGAUCGUAUUAAAGAAUUGGGAACCUUGAUCCCCAAAGCCAGUGAUUUGGAUGUGCGCUGGAAUAAGGGUACAAUUCUGAAGGCCUCAGUUGAUUACAUCAAGCGAAUGCAGAAAGAACAGCAAAAAGCUCGUGAAGUGGAAAUGCAUUUCAAGAGGCUAGAGAUGAUGAAUAAGCAGCUUUGGCUAAGGAUUCAGGAGUUAGAAAUGCAGGCACAGAUUCACGGUUUGUCUACUGCCUCGCCCACAGGCAUCAAUACUGCAGAACUCGCUAGGCAGUUUGUGAAACGGGAAGAUACAAUGGAGGAGAAACUAGCAGUUUCAUCGCAGCUACAGAAUCAUCUUCAUCAUCAACAGCAAAUUCCUGCUUCUGCUUCAUCUUAUCCUAAGCUGGACUUCGCAGAUACAUUGGAGCUCUGUGAUAAUGCAAUAUACCAAAAUUCACUGCCAAAUCUGACUGACAUUUCCUUCAACAAUGCUUCCCAUAAAGACCUUGAGUAUAUGUUGAUGGAUGAUAGUUUUUCCCCUUUGUGUGCCGAUCCUCUCCUAUCUGCUACGUCUCCUGGUGCAUCCAAAGCAAGCAGUAGAAGGAGCAGUUUUAGCAUGGAGGACUCCGAUAUACCCUGACAGUAAAAAUGAAGGAAAGCAUUUUACUCCAAAAAAAAAAAAAGGAAUACAUUUAUGUUAGUAACAUAGGAGUAACGGUGAGAAAGGACUUGUUUGUAAGCAGAAAUUCCUCUCUGAACGAGGUGUUUCAAGCUGCUGAUUUCUUCACUAAGCUAGCCAAGUUUGUGUUUCCUUGCUCUAGCCAAGCCUGUAAUGUGUUAGCCAGUACCUGGCCAUGGCUGAUGCUUAUAGCAGCACAUUGCACAUCCUGCCAUAUAUUUACACCCACUAUUUCAAGAUUUCGUACAUACAUGUUUUGAGUUUGGAAACCAGAAAAUGCACUUAAAAGCCCAUAUUUUCAAUCACAAAGUGUGUUGUGCUUAUGUAUAGGUAAGGAACAUGCAAAGUGCCUCAACAUAGACUUAACCUGGUGCUCAGAAUACCGUCUUUAUCCUAAACUCUGCACUGUUAUCACCACAGAAGAGCAAACGUUUCUAAAAUACUGUAUUAUGUGUAUGCAGGGAAAACUCUUAGAAAAUGUGCCUUAGCUUGCGAAUUUUCAUCUUGAACUUUUAAGACUUGCAGAGCUCCCCCAUUAAAAAUGCAACACGUGAUGUAUCACACCAUAAAUAUUUUGUUCAUUACAACUGCAAUUUUAUAUGUACAGAAAACAGCACAAAUAACACAGAGGAAUAUGUGCCUUAUUGACACUGCUUUGUACUCUCUAUAAGCACUCUAGUCUUGUAAAUAAAAUGUUUGGUUAAUGUAUUAAUAUGAAAUGUACUUGAAAAAAUGAAGGCACUUCUGAGGUUGGUAGAAGGGAGUUUGUUGACUGAAAGGAUGUGACAGGUGCAGUAGGUGUAGUGAAAUGGCUAAUCUUACUCUGGACACUAGGUUUGCAUCAGGUUGUUGACCCCUUGAGUUAAUGAAUGAGGUACCAAGGCCAACUCUUUAAAUUGCCUCAUCACAGUGGUGACAAUGUAUCAGUGUAACUCUACUGCUUCUAGCUAGUUGGUAGAUAAAACUUGCAUCAAACCCUUAAUUGUUGAGAGUUUUUCUCCAUAUAACUUAUUCCUUUUCUUUGUGACUUCUGCAGCAAAACAGAAUUAAGUGCCUCUCUGAGAAGUAUACCCAUGUCCUUGCUUCUGAUAACUACACAUAGUGUUUACUCUUCCUAGAGCCAAAUCUCAUGACAUCAUAGGUUAACCUUACCAUCAGUUAUGUAACAUCACCUCCUACCAUCACAGAAAGGCAAUGCAACUGUCUUUACUGUUUAAAAAGCUUGCAGCAAUGGAAUCAGAACUGCACAAAAGUAUUUAGUCUCUUGAGUUAGUGCUGUGGCUUAGAGGACUAAAGUCCUAACUAUGACCCAAGUGACCUAGGUUCAUUUAGUGGCUCAGGUGUCUAAAGUGCUGGUAGGCAGGCAGGGAUAGGCAUGCAUAUUUUGGGAGAAGGGCCUUUGAUUUGGCACUCUGAGGGGUGGCAUAGUCCUUGAAGAGGGGAGUAGCCCCCAGACCAUUCUGGGGUGGGUGUAGAGAAGGGGGAAGUGACAAGAGGGCAGGUCAUAACAUAAAAAAAAACUCUCCCUCACAGAAGCUUUUGCUAGCAAGACCACAAGGACACCUUUAAGUUCCAUGUUGUUCCCAGCCUGAAAAAAAUCAGUCUUAUUACAGGGAUGAAGGGUGGGGCUGGUAGACCUGGCAAUAGGGUAGAAGACCAGAAGAGUAAGAAGCAAGGGUGGAGGGAACAAAAAAAAGUAUUUGGUCCUAUCCUCACCAGAAGGAUGAGCAUCAUUAUUAAUCUAAUAAAAUUUCAGUGUCAACUACUCCGUACAGGACUUGGGAGAAAAUUUUAAGUAAUUAGCUAAUGUUGAGCCGGACUAAAUAUACAUAGACAGCAUACUACUUGAAAAAAAAAUACUGCAAAACACAAUUAAAUAAAUGAGCAACAGUACUUGGAAAUGUAGUAUAAAUAAUAUAAUCCUUUUUAUUCAAAAUGAGUAAGCUUUUGAAUCAACAUGUUCUUCUUCAGAUUCACAAAUAUUGCCUCAAUGCAUCAGUAUUUGUACACAAACAAUUUCCAAUUAAACAUUUGGAAAAAACCCUUUAUUAACUCUCUUUUAGCUCAAUGUUCAUAAAAUAUGCAAGAUCAAAUACAAUGCAGUCAAGGCAAUUCAAUCUAAAACAUUUUGUAUACUUCUGAAUUUAUUUUUAUUUCUUGUCAGGCUUGCUAAAUCUAAAUCCCUUUGAUAAAUCAAAAUACAGUUACCAGUUACUCUCUUACAGUAGCUAUUUGAUUCACUACUGUGGUUAUGUUCAGUCUCCUCAGAACCUGAAAUUUAAAAAUCCUAUCCAGUUUACAUUCUGUAACAUGCCUACAUAAGGCAUUAUUCUUACUGACAUUGUUUUAUAACUUUUAUGUUAAUGAAUUUGUACAUGGAGACAUCACUCCAUAUUCCCCACAUACAUUUUCUGCCAAUUGCAGAUUGCAAUUCAACAGCCUUAACUUUGCAGCUAGCAAACCUACUAAAAAACAUACUUAACUGCUGUCUCAGAAUGAAGCAGUGUCAGAAACAUUUGUAUCAUUAUACAUAUUACAAUUAAAACAGCUGAUUUUUGCCCCUAAUAUUAUUUGAUAGGAUCACAGUUGACAUUGCUUUUCUGUAUGUAAAGAUGAGGUGCCAUCUAUAAGUAAAAAAGGUUUAAAACACAUUUUCAAAUACAGGUCUGUUACUGAAUAAUAACCACCAUUUGAAUUUCACAAUUAUUUCAAGUUCUGAAGAUUUACAUUUCAUAACAGAGGCCUGCAUUAUUAUUUCUAUUCUUCUUAAAGUGACACGGCUUAUACCUGGUCUCUAAUAUCAGUGUAUGGAAAUGGUCUAACCAGAUCCAAAUCUGUACUGGAAUUUUACUUAAUAUAAAUGUUUAACUGUAGAAGUCUGUCAUUUGCCCAUAGCAAUGCUGAAAUGCUGUAUGCAUUUUCAUUUGUGUUUCACCCCACCCUUUGAAAUAAGGUUUUGGGGAUGUUAAUGCUCCACAUAAAAUAGAUGACAGCUAUUGUAAGCCAGCAUUUUAUUACUAUCUACUCUUCCAGCCAUGCCAGUAGCAUAGAAAACUAAAGUUGAGAAUAUCGCCCAGUUCAUUGGAGUUUGGUUAGAUACCAUUGCGCUUGAUAGCAUGGUGGGAAGGUGGGACCUUGGUGGACAUCUCUGUAAUGGAGCUCUAGUGGAGGCCAGAGCUAAGAGGGAGGAUGCCUCGCUAAGGUCAAGAGGAUGGUGAAGCUGUGACUGUUGUAUGGAGUGGCGCAUGUAUGUGCUCAUGAUUUCUCUGCACUGCCCACCGAGCUUCACAAACUGAUGUUGGCACAUGUGAGAAGUUAGGACUGUGAAAAAAAAUACUGAAGCUCCUCUACAUGAUUCAAGCUGCCACUGGAGUAGAAGGUUGGAUGUUGGUUUUAAAAUCAUGGACAGUGAGUUGCCAUUCAGCCCCAAUCAGGGGGGCUAAGCCAGACUACCUGAAUAUUGGAUGGCUCCACCCUUUCACAGCAUACAUGCCAAUGGGAAAGCAGCCAAAAGGAAAGCAAAACAAAGUUUACUUAUCUGAACAAUUUCUUAGACAAUUUGUUGUUAAAUAUUUUUACACCUAAGUGAACAUUUCUUUGAAACUAGUGUUAAAAGGCUGAUAAAUUUUCAGUAAAAUUAUAAAUUCUUCUACUGACUGAAUAUCACCUCAAAGGAUAAAAAAGCCACCAUGAAUAAAAUGAGAAAAAAAACUUUUUAAUUGACUUUUGCUGUAAAUACAUACAAGUGUAGGAUAAUGCCAUUAAGUUUCUGUAGCCAUGCCAUGUUUUUGGUUAAAUAAUGUAUCUUCAGAAAAAAUAUAUUGUGAAAUAUAAAUUCACGAAGCAAGCUAGUAUGAAACUGUUGUCAUAGUCCGAAUAUAUAAGUAGUAGCCAUUACAACAAGCUGUUGAACAAUUACGUGUGAUCAGUGAUUGUGUAUAGAGCAUUGCAUGUCCUAGAGCUCAUUUGCUAUGAGCUGCUGCAUACCUGGCUACAAAGCUACUGAUUAUUAAAGUUUUCCACUGGA